AUGUCGCACUUUGUGUCGGCGGAUGCGGCGGACUAUGUGUCAUUGGAGCAAAAGCUCCUUGUAACUACCGCUGAAGACGGCGGGGAUGGUAUUGUGGAUAGUGUCGCGGUUGAAGUGCCCGCCGUAGAGACACACGACCCAUGGCACCACCGCAAAACAACGCACGGCAUGCCUGACGAAGGCAUUGCUGCCGCUGUGUUGCACGGCGCGCCGUCCUUGCGCUCGCGCGAUGCUCGCAAGCUCGGUACAUGGGAUGGUGUAUUUAUGCCAGUGACGCUCAACGUGCUCGGGAUCAUUUUAUUUCUGCGCUUCGGCUUCAUUCUCGGGCAGGUCGGUCUGGUCGGCGCCAUUUUUCUUCUUAUGCUGAGUUACGGCGUGGAUACAUUGACAGUGUUGAAUUUGAAUGCGAUUAGUACGAAUGGCCAAGUGCGCGGCGGUGGCGCCUACUACCUCAUCUCGCGCUCGCUGGGCCCUGAAUUUGGUGGCUCGGUUGGCCUCGUCUUUUUUCUUGGGCAGGCGUUCAAUGCGACGAUGAACGUGCUUGGGUGUGUCGAGAGCCUGACCGGUGCGCUUGGGUAUGCGCGUGGUGCCAUUCCACUUCUUCCGGAUGGCCCGUGGGCCGAGUACUUGUACGGCUCCAUGCUCCUCUGGGCGAGUACAUUGAUCUGCUUCUUUGGCUCGUCUUUCUUUGCGCGCGCAACACUCAUGCUCGCCGUCGUGCUCAGUGUCGCGGUGUUCAGCAUUAUUGUGUCUUCAGCACUGAUGCCACCGUUUGUGGACGCGGCGCGCCACAUCCACUACACGAGCUGGUCGCUCACGACCUUCUUCGAAAACAUGUGGCCACACUUUACCGCCGGCGCUGACGGCUCGUCGAUCUCGCCGCAAAAAGAAACGUGGCGCUCUGUCUUUGGCGUCCUUUUUCCAGCGGUAUGUGGCGUGCUUGCGGGUGCAUCCAUGUCUGGCGACCUGCGCAAGCCGAGCAAGAGCAUUCCCAAAGGCACCAACUGUGCGCUCCUAUUCACAUUUUUACUCUACGUCUUUGUCUUUAUUCUCAUGGCCGCGACUAUUUCUCGUGCAUCGCUGUACGAGAACGUGCGGAUCAUCAGCGCUGUUUCGCGCUGGCCCGGCGUGAUUCUACUCGGGGAGCUUGCCAGCUGCGGCUUCUCUGCGCUCAUGGGCGUCAUGGCAUGCGCCAAAAUUUUGCAAGCGAUUGCGCGCGACGAUCUGCUCCCUAUUUUGGGCGUGUUUGCGCAGGGCACCGCGGCAGGCGACGUGCCUGUCUAUGCGCUCCUCGCGACGUGCAUUCUUUGCCAGCUGACCCUCUUGCUCGAUCAAAUCAACUUGAUCGCCCAGCUUGUGACCAUGACGACAUUGCUCACCUUUGCCGUUUUGUGCGCUGCAACGUUUGCAUUGAAAGCAGGCGGUGCUCCUUCCUUCCGCCCCUCGUUCCGCUACUGGAAUAUAUGGACCGCCGGCGCGGGCACGCUAGUGUCGUUCGCCGCCAUGCUCUUUGCCGAUCCGUACGUUGCGUCCGUCUGCGUCGUCUUCGCCGCCGUCCUCUUUAUCUUGAUUCAGGUGCUGUCUUCGCCCAAGCCAUGGGGCGACGUCUCGCACAAUGUCACCUACCACUUUGUGCGCAAGUACCUGCUGCGCCUCGAUGAGCGCAAAGGGCACGUCAAGUACUGGCGCCCCCAAAUCCUUCUCCUCGCCAACAAUCCGCGCACCGAGUGGAACUUGAUCAUGUUUUGCAACUCGCUAAAAAAAGGUGCGCUCUACAUCCUUGGGCAUGUACUCAAAGGCGACUUUCACGCGUGUCUUCCAGAGCUGCACAAACAGCACUUGGCGUGGCUCAAGCUGGUCGAUGUGAGCAAGGUUAAGGCGUUUGUCGAUAUCGUCGUUGCAGACAACGAGCGCGAAGGCGCACGCAACCUCAUCCUCUCUGCCGGACUCGGCGGGAUGCGCCCGAAUAUCAUUGUGCUGGGCUUCCCGUCCGAGAUGCAGCUACCCAGCGAGGUGCACAGAGGGCCGAUCAGCACCCGCACUUGUGCAAGUGUACCGACGCUGCCUACCGACGCUUCGCGUCUUGAAACGCCCAUCGCUUGCCAGACGUAUGUAGGCAUUCUCGAGGAUGCGCUUGCGCUGAACAAGGCGCUUGCCAUGGCGUAUGGCUUCGAUGCCUUGCACCUCCCCGGCCCCUCUUCGGUUGCCCAUUACCAGCGCGCAGCCCAAGACCAGUACAUCGAUCUGUGGCCGAUCCAAAUUGCAAAUCGUGCCGAAAGAGACGAGCCGCGCUGGGAUACAUAUACCAUGGUGCUGCAGCUCGGCACAAUUCUCAGUUUUACAGGGACAUGGAAGGAACACAAGCUGCGUGUGAGUGUGUUUGUCGAGCACGCCGAGGAGAUCGAGACGGAGCGCGUGCGUGUGCGCAAACUCUUGGAUAAUUUGCGCAUUCCUGCGAGUUUACGCGUGUUUUGCCUCGCGUCGGGCAAGGUGGCGCGCUACGAUGCCAUUGCACUCGGCAAGCGCGCUCUCGAUGCACAGGUCGCUGCAGCAUUCCAGGACGACGCAUGGUGGCAUCAGGUAUGUGCGGCGAGGCAAGCGCGCGAUGCCUCGGCCAUUCCACACUCUGCUCCGAUCCAGCUUUCGAGAGCACAUGUGCGGCACGAUUGCAUUCCGCAUGAGCACCUUGCGUAUCAUUACAGCAACAUCCGGCUUGGCCUUGCGCAUCCUCGCGCACACAGCACCGAGGAAACGGACAGCGACGACGGCCAGUCGGAGUACGAGGAUGAUUUGGAGGAUACGCUGGCGAACUUAGCCGUCGAUUGGGAUCCAACAUACCAGCGUGCAAUGCGACCACUCGCUGCAUGCGGAGCGGGAACGUCGUAUGGGGCAUUGAGCGUUUCACAGCGCACCGUCACACCGAUCACGGUGCAAACUGCUCCGGCGCAGGACCCUCCAGCUCCCGAGCAGCGCAUAGAGGCAAACAGUACGCCGACUGCGUCGCGGCGCGCUUCGUUUGUGCCGGCGAUGGGCUCGUGUGCCGUGCGUUUUAAUGAUUUGCCGAAUCAGGCGCAGUACAUGAUCUUGAACGAGCUGAUCCGCACAAAUUCAGGGAAUAGCACCUCGGUUGUGUUUACCGUGCUCCCGGCGCCAGAGCCUGGGACGUCGCUGAGCCGCGAAAAGAGUGCUAGUUAUUUGCACCAACUGAAGACGCUGUAUGGAGGAGGGCCGCCGGUGAUGGGCGUUCAUGCCAAGUCGCUUACGGUAACGAUGUCGCUGUAA